AUGGCUGAUUUAACAGCAGCUGACAUAGAGAACAUUAAUGAAAUAUGGUGCAAAAUAUACGCGAAUCCAGAGGAAUCAGGAAAAACAGUUGUUAUCAGACUAUUUACAACGUAUCCCCAGACAAAAGUCUAUUUCAAGAACCUGAAAAACAUUGCCACACUGGAAGAGAUGCAAGUGAAUCCUGGAAUUCGAGCUCAUGGAAAGAGAGUUAUGGGAGCCUUAAACCAAGUCAUUCAGAACUUAAAUGACUGGGAAGUCGUGAGCAGUGCUUUAACUCAUUUAGCACAAAGGCACCAAGAUGUGCACAAGGUUGGAGUUAACAACUUUCAGUUGCUGUUUUUGGUAAUACUGACCAUCUUUAAAGAAGCCCUUGGAGCAGAUUUUACUCCAGAGCACUGUAAAUCCUGGGAGAAACUUUUCUCUAUAACCUACAACUUCUUGGACAGCUGUUACACAAAAUCAGAUUCCUAA